ACGAAGUAUAAGAUGAGAAAAAGAAAAGAAGUCACACACAUCACAACACACACUACACUUCAUACAUUAAAAACACCGAAACUUUAAGGCAAAAAAAUAGCCGCAGAACAUUGCUUAUCUCCACAGAAACUCUGUCUCUAUAAUCUCAUCAACUUCAAACCUUUGAGUCAGUCACUCACACUAAACCAAUGGGAGAGGAAGAAAAGAAAACAGAGGAAACCAAAGUAGAGGAGAAAAAAACAGAGGAACCUAAAACAGAGGAACCGAAGAAAGAAGCUGACAAACCCACCGAAGAGAAAAAGCCGGAGGAAUCUAAGGAACAAACUCCGCCACCACCGCCUCCAGAAAUCGUGCUAAAAGUUUUCAUGCAUUGUGAAGGUUGUGCUCGCAAAGUUCGUCGUUCACUCAAAGGAUUUCCAGGUGUUGAAGAUAUUGUUACAGAUUGCAAAUCUCACAAAGUUGUUGUUAAAGGAGAAAAAGCGGAUCCAUUGAAGGUUCUAGAAAGAGUACAGAGGAAGAGUCAUAGACAAGUUGAACUUCUUUCUCCGAUCCCAAAACCACCUUCAGAAGAUGAGAAAAAACCUGAAGAGAAAGAAAAGCCUAAACCAGAAGAAGAGAAGAAAGAAGAGCCUAAGAUUAGCAUAGUGAUUCUGAAAGUUCACAUGCAUUGUGAAGCUUGUUCACAAGAAAUCAAGAGACGCAUUGAGAAAAUCAAAGGAGUGGAAUCAGCAGAACCGGAUCUGAAGAACUCACUAGUGACAGUGAAAGGAGUGUUUGAAACUGAUAAAUUAGUUGAAUAUGUUUACAAGAGAACUGGAAAACAAGCAGUGAUAGUGAAACAAGAGGCAGAGAAAAAAGAGGAAGCAAAAGAAACCAAAGAAGAAGAGAAAAAAACUGAUGAAAAUGAAAAGGAAAAGAAAGGGAGUGGUGAAGGAGAGGAAAAGAAAGAAGCCGCUGCAGCUGCUGCAGAGGGAGAUGGAAAAUCAAGUGAUGCUGCAGAAGAAACCAAGGUGGUGGAAUUUAAGAGAAAUGAAUAUCAUUAUUAUAAUCCACCAAGUAUGGAAUUUUAUUAUAAUCCUAGUCAAGCUUACCCUCCACAGAUGUUCAGUGAUGAGAAUCCAAAUGCUUGUUCUGUUAUGUAAAAAUAUGGGAAUGAUAAGGGUAAUAUUGGAAUUAUGAAAGAUAAUGAGUGAAAUCUGGGUGAUAGCCAUAUCCUGGGUAAGAUGUGCCCUCUGAACUUUUCCCUGCAGUAGAAAAGUGUAAUCUACAGAUGAACUGUAGAAUUUUGCAACCCUUUGUACUUUUUUUUUCCUUCUUUUAAAACAAUUAAUUGUUAUAUAUGGAAAUAUAAAUAAUUAAAGCUUUUUAUUUUCGGUAUAA